CAUUAACGAUUUCGUCCACUAUAUAGUAAAGCAAGUCAGUCCGGUGCUUAGGACUUCAAGAGUUGAUGUCCGUGAAGUUCCUACUUCCGACUCCAUAACAGUUCGUUCCACUGCGCCAGUCCAUCCUGGACCCUCGUCUCAAUCAACCAACGCGUUUUCACAAAUGCAAACAUCGGUUUACUGAAAGUUGGAGAAGAGUUGAAAACAUCAAGGCCAGCAAGCAUGGCUAAUGAGGAGGCCUUAAAAGCUGCGGACCUCGCUAGCUCCUUGAAACAAGAUGACAUUCCCAUCAAGCUGCGAUGCGCAAUCUGCAACAAGCUUGCCGUCGAGGCGUUCCGACUGCCUUGCUGUGACCAAUCUAUCUGCUUUUCCUGCCAAACAACCCUCUCCGACACGUGUCCGAUCUGCGAUCAUCAGCCACUCUCAGCAGAGGAUUGCAAAAUCGACAAAAAGCUUCGCGCCACAGUGAAAGUGUUUCUCAAGUCGCAGGAGAAGAAGCGAGAGAAGAGUCGGGCUGCGAUUCAGCCGCCGGUGCCAGAAACACCCCAGGAACAGCCGGAUACAAUAGCCACGGAUGAGAAGGCAGGACAGGAUAUCGACUCGAAAGAGCCAGAAGCAGUUCCUCAAGAUCAGGAGCCCGUACAAGAGACAAUUGCCGGGACCUCGCAUAUCUCAACGGAACAAAAUAAUGCAGUGGCCGAACCAAGCAACAAAGAGGAAGACGAAUCGACCACUCAAGUCGAUCAAACUAAUAACGACGAUGCUCAGGACGAUGAUUCAAAAGCAGUUGAGGAAAUCCCAACGAAUAACGAGGCGGACGCAUCAUGGGCUGGCCAGGAUCAAACGGUGGCAGUAGCAUCUCUCGGCUAUAAUCAGGCCGAUGAUUCCAAUGACAUGGGGUGGCAGAAUGGAAUGAAUCCCAUGAUGCAGAUGCAAUUUCAAAAUGCCAUGCAGUCAGGCAAUUGGUCAGGGUUUCCAAACGCGAUGGGUAUGUCAGGCAUGGGCAUGAACGCUAUGAAUAUGCCCCAGGGAAUGUUUGGCAAUUUCGGUGCUCCCGGGAUGGGCAUGAAUGGAUUGAGCGACAUGAACAUGGGUAUGGGCGUUGGCGGAGGAUUCGGCGGCUGGAACGAGCAAUCCAUGAACGAUGACUUCAACAAUUCCGGUUACUAUCCUGGUGGAUAUAAUCAGCAAUCUCACCAAGGGCAUUAUUCGCAGAUGCAGCACCAACAGUUCUCUAGAAAUAAUUACCACAACCAGAAUCGUUUCCACGGACGUGGUGCUCACUCCCAUCGAGGCUAUGGAAGAGGUUAUCACAGAAACUAUCGCGGCAACCACGCAUACUCUCACUCCCAGGGUCAUUAUGCGGAGAAUGGCCAGUAUGAAGAGACGUAUCCCGAGGACACCCGGCCGUACAGCCACGAUCGCCGGACCUCUCAAGGGGAGAGUGUCGUUCUAACCAAUGCUGCAGCAGAUACUGCUGAAUCUAAUGGCCAAACCACCGAAGGUGCGGACCAAGGUGCAAAUGCUGAAGACGCUGAAGAUGGUGCACUUGGACCAAAGGGGCAGGAUAAUGGUGAUCAUGAGGUAGGCCUGACUGAGUCUAACAUUCAAGCGAUUCGCAGCACCGCGGCGGAGGAUCGUCAAUGGGGCGACCCGAACGCUUUUGGAACGGGUCAUGAUGCGAAUAAUUUUCAUCCACUGGAUGACGGAAACUAUGCAUAUCCUCUCGAUGGUUUUGGCAAUCGUUUCAACCGACGAGGAGGCCGCAAGUUUGGGUCGGCUAGUUCCCACGGACGGAAAAUAUCCUACGAUCGCCAUGCUCCUUACAUUCAUGAGCCCCAAGGCCAAGGGGUUGAAGGUGCUCCGACUGGUCCCAAAGCAAUGCGAGAAGGCGGGUCGACGUUGCCUCGAAUACGCUCCACGAACUCUCAAGCACCCGAUAAUAUAAACGGACAGCCCGAGGCAUUAAAUGCCAGAGAGCGGUCCAAGUCAGCCUCGUCCCAUCGUGAGCCUCGGGAAAAAGGGGAUUUUGGUCUCCCACAAUCAGACACUGAUCGACGCCAUGAGCGGUCACCUCGCCACAAGUCCGAUAGAGACCCGCCUGAGCAUGAGAAAUACGAUAGGCCGAGGCGGACCCGCGAAUCAUCGAUGAGCUCUUCGAGACGGUCCGCUAGCCGAUCUGGGAAUGACAAACGCCAUUCUUCUCGCUCACACCAUUCCAGUCGGCAUCGGCAUCGACAUCGGCGCCGUUCUCGAUCUCCGGACGUACUCUUGGACACUGAAUUGAGUACAUCAGAGGGCAAAAGAAAGUCAAAGAGUGACCAUCGUGAGCGGAACUACAGCCCAGAGCCCUAUCGAAAGUCAUCCCGCAAAGAGAAAGAUCGCGAUCGGGAACGGGAACGCAACAGAGACCGCGACCGCGACCGCCGCAAGUCAAGAAGGGAUAGAUCACUGUCCGAUGGUGUCAAGGCGGAAGUGGACCCAAAGCGAUCGUCUCGACACAGCCGGAGCCACCGCGAUCACGAGAAGGAUCGGGAACGGCGUCGAGAUCAUGGCAGGGAUAAAGAGAGCGACCGACAUAGAGAGAAGCCUCGUAGGGAGCGGCAGCGUGAUCAAGACUCUAUCAAGGACGAGGAUGAGAAAGCAGUUCAAUCACAGCGUGUAGAGGAGCCUCAGCUGCGGAUUCAUGGUCGUUCCCGCGAAAAUGCCCGCAAGCUGUCCAGUGUCCAGAUCCCGCCUAUGAAUGCGCCAACAGGGCCCCGGGCGCUUCAGCGCAAUAUGACCGACUCGUCCGACAAACCGAAGGAAUCAGCUGCUGAAAAGCCCGAGCCUGCCAUCGAUCCAUUUGCACAGGAACGUGAAGCACGAAUGCGCGAGCGACUUCUCAAGGAACAGCAGCGGAGAGCGUCCUUGCAGCAAGGUCCCGGGAUCGAUCGCAAGCGGUCUUUCUCGGAGACGGAGGAGCAGGCUUUCGCGCCGCCCACUGGGCCGAGUGCGUUUCGAAAUAAUCGGCGUAAGAUACAGAGAGAUGGCGAUGUCUCAACGGCGACGGGGCGCGAGGACAGGCGGAAAGCCAAAUCUUACCGCCAGUUGAGCUACCAUUACGAAGAUGAGGAGAAUGAUGAGGCGAGGGCCACGCGCGUUGAGACGGAGCGAGAGUCGGCGCGAUGGGCAUAGAAAGUUUGAUUCCUAGACACAUGUGCCUUGCGUAUUGGUUUGACGUCUUCGGAACUGGGUGACGCAGGUUCAUAAAAGCUCAUAUAGCCGAGGAUUCAAUGCGAUCGAACUUGCAGAUUCAGUUGUAUAAUAACAAAAUAGAUUGAUCGACGUCUUUAUUUUACCUGCCUUUGGCUAUCCCGCGCCUACCAGUAUGGCUCCGAGUAUGCCGU